AUGUCUGCUCCAAUUUUAAACCAACCAUUGAACACCCAAGGUUUGUCCUUCCAAUAUAUUGCAUUGUCUCCAAAAGAUUCUGAACAAGGAGCUUGUAAAUUACCAGAAACAGUCAACUGGGAUAAGUUCAUUGCUGAAAACAAGACUGUAGUGAUUACUGGUGCCCCAGCAGCCUUCUCUCCUACAUGUUCCAUCUCUCAUAUUCCAGGUUACAUUACAUACUUGAAUGAGUUAGUAGAAGAUAAACAUGUAGAUCAGGUUGUCGUUCUAACUGUUGACAAUCCAUUUGCCAAUCAAGCAUGGGCUAAAUCAUUAGGGGUCAACGAUACCACACAUAUUAAAUUUGCUACUGAUCCAGCUGGUAAAUUAAUCAAAUCGUUAGGUUAUGAAUUCAAAGUUGGUGAAGGUGUUUACUGGUCUGGCAGAUGGACCAUUAUUAUUGAAGAUGGUAAGGUGACUUAUGCUGCCAAGGAAGCAAACCCAGCUUCUGAUGUCACUGUUUCUUCUGUUGAACAAGUUUUAUCUCAUUUAUAA